AUGGACACUGAUGCCCGCCAGACUAAUAAAGGCAGAUCCAUCGGCCAGGAGGUGACAAACAAAAUCAGAAACAUCCAUGGCUGCUGUCAGUGGCAGAGGUGGAAGAUACAGCCGAAAGACUUCAAAAGAAAUUAUUUGCCUGACCAACAUCCACACGUUGUGUACCUGCUCUAUGAAAUCAGGUGGAGAAAUGGUUCCAUCUGGAGGAACUGGUUCUCAAACAAUCAUAGUCAACACGCUGAAGUCAACUUCUUGGAGAAUUGUUUCAGUGCUGUGCCACCAGCUCCUUGUUCCAUCACCUGGUUCCUUUCGACUACUCCCUGUGGAAAUUGCUCCAGGAGAAUUCUGGAGUUCCUGAGGACGCAUCGUAAUGUGACCUUGGAAAUAUACGCAGCCAAGCUGUUCAGGCACCAGGAUAUCCGCAACCGGCAAGGUCUCUGCAACCUGGUGAUGAAUGGAGUCGCUAUACGUAUCAUGAAUCUUGCAGAUUACAGUUACUGCUGGAGAAAGUUUGUUGCAUACCAACACGGAGAAGAUGAUUACUGUCCCCAGAACUUCGCUGCAUACAUCUUUCUGAAUUGGAGAGAGCUUGGUCAUAUCUUUUUGGGUCUUCCUCCGUUGCUGCCAAACUGAAUACUAACAAGCAUCACCACCAUGCUUUCAAACUUGUUUUGUACAUCAAUAAAAGACCAGAAAAGCCACUCCCCAGCAAUCAUUUCUGCUUCAGCCUUGGUGAGUUUCAUGCUGCACCAGA